AUGAACUCACGAACCCACGCUGAUAUUAUGACGCUAUCGCCCGAGGACACCAGUGAUGACCACCCUUUCGAGUACUCCCGUGUCAUUGGCAUCUUCCAUUGUGACGUUCAACAUAAACUCCGUGGCUAUGUCUCAGCUGCUGUUCCUGUCACCUUUCUCUGGGUCCGCCGCUUCCGGCUAGACAAAUCUUGGCGCGGUGGUUUUAAACGACGACGACUUCACCGCCUCGAGUUUGUUCCCGAGCUUGACGAUACCGCAUAUGCUUUUGUCAACCCUGACAAGGUCAUCCGUGAAGCCCAUCUUAUCCCUGCCUUCGCGCGCGGGCUCAUCGACAACUCCGACAUCCCAUCACUUGGCCGGCCUAAUGGUCGACAAGACUGGCUCUACCACUAUGUGAACUUCUUUGUUGAUCGCGACAUGCUGAUGCGCUAUCUUGGUGGUGGCGUGGGCCAUUCCUAUCAGGUCUUUGUUCCAGAUCCUGAGCCAGAUGCUGCUGAAAUGGAGAUUGAGGAGUGGUCUGAUGGUGAGGUUAAUGAGAUUCUGACUGACACUGAGUCAGAGGGGUCUGUCCUGGGGCAGGAUGAGCCCUUGGAACCAGAGCUGGACAACUCAGACCUUGAAGAGGAGAAGGAGGAGGAGGAUUUGGCUGCACAGUCUGGUUCUGACAGAGACUCAGAGUGGGACAGUGAGUCUGACUCUGACUCUGACUCUGGUGAGCCUGAUUUAGGGCCUGAGGAUGGGGAGGACAUUGGCGAUGCACAGGCUGCAGAUAACUAUGAUAUUUCACUUUAA